AGAAAAGCUUUGGGCAGUGUGACAGGACAAUGACCUUGGUGAAAUAGUGUUUUUUUUUGUUGAUCCACUGUUCGUGGUGGUCUCUGAUGUGCUCUGGUGAUCAGAGGGCUCAUCGGGAUUCCUGGAGUGGUCAGGGGUCAUCAAAGGGCAGCUGUCUGCUAUAAAGGGGCCUGUCUGCUCUUCAGUCUGUGCGUCACUUCAACCUGAGAGAAGUUGAGAGAGGGAAGCAAGACCUUAACCUCUCGCGCUUGCAGUUUCACUCCAAAAUGGUCUUCUACGUGCUUCUUUUCUGUUCUUUUGGAUUGGUCUGGUCUACGCAGAAGCCCAAGUAUCACACAGCGCCGGAGAGCAGUGUAGCCCAGAGGAACGUUUCCCUGCACCCUCACGGCAAGUUCCCUCUGUACAUGAUGCAGCUGUAUCGCUCUUUCAGAGCGGCCGACGUGUCAACAGCGGCCGAUUACACCAGUAGACCUGCUCGAGAGUCAGACUCCAUCAUCAGUCUCAUGGCAAAUGGUUGCCGUCAAGCGGACAACAGAUGGACCGUUACUUUCGACAUGUCAUCCAUUUCAACCAGCGACAGAAUCCACUUAGCAGAGCUCCGCAUCCGACUGCCGGGCCUAUCCGCACACAGACGGGCUUUAGUGGAUUUGUAUCACUCCCGAAACUGUGAGCAUGAGGCGGACCCGUCCUGCCACGACGAGCGCCUUCUCCUGGGGAGCCUCAGCGCGUCAGCCAGCAAGUCUUCAUGGAAGGUUUUCAAUGUCACUACACUUUUGAGGUACUGGCUCUACCAAAGAGACAGACUGUCAGGCCAAGAAGCCUUGGGAGAACUGGACCUUGGGAGCGGUUCUGGGGAUUUUGAGGAGAUACCAAGCAAGGGUCUUUUCAAAAUUCCAGGAAGCCAAAGUUGUCCCACCUCUGUUCGAGCAAUGAUGGUGCUAUUCUUCAAACAUGACGCCCCUCAGGAAGGUCACUCGGCCUACAGCCUAAUACACACUGUGGAAAACUCCAAGUACGUCACAAUGGAGCGAAGCAGUGGCGAAAGCCAAAUCCGGCGCCACAAAAGGAACAGGAUGGAGACGGUAAGGAUGGCAGCCGGGCCCGGGCCCACCACGCCGCCGGAUGUCAUGCAGCGGCCCUUUUGUCGCAAAGUGGACAUGUGGGUGGACUUCGAGCACAUCGGCUGGGACGAGUGGAUCAUACAUCCGAAACGCUUCAAUGCUUAUCGCUGCGAGGGGGAGUGUCCGACACCCCUGGACGAAUCCUUCAACCCCACCAACCACGCGUACAUGCAAAGCCUUUUGAAAUACCACCACCCAGAGAAGAUGAGCUGCCCGUCCUGUGUACCGACGCGCCUCGGGCCUUUGUCCAUGUUGUACUAUGAGAACGACGACCUGGCCCUGCGCCAUCACGAGGACAUGAUCGUUGAAGAGUGCGGCUGCCACUGAAUGGCCCUACGCAGUUCAACAAACAUCCCCCCUGGCAAGAAGGGUGAUGCUACCAUCAUCUAUACAGGGUGUUACA